AUGCAUCCAUUGCAACAAACGGGUGCAACUCUUUUUGCCAUUGCGGCUGUUGUCUCAGCACAAUCAUCAUCCUCGGCUCCUUCUGCUUCUCCUUCAUCCACCAGUAGUGGUAUUUUAGCUCAAAAGUCUCCUACAUGGCUUCCUGAUUUUUCUGUUUCUGGUGUCGUUCAAAGUUAUCCUACUGGCGCCCCUGAUACCAAUAGUACUUUGGACAAGACUACAUUGAAUAUGACUGCAUAUCCUGGAGCCUGGGAACCUGCUACCACAGAUCAUCCUGAAAUCCAAGCUGUCAUGAAUUCCAUUGAUUGGACCAAGGUACCCAAGGCUCCUACUGCCAAGGCUGACAAGGAUGGUGGCGUUGUAUUUGGAAAUUAUGAUGAAAACAAAGAUCCUUAUUGCUGGUGGUCUGAUACUAACUGUGUGAAGCCAAAGGUUGAUUACUUACCCGAAGAUAUUUAUUACUGUCCUAACGUUGGUGAUUGGGGUCUCAACUAUGAUGAUGGUCCUUACAACCCUUCAGAUGAUGACAAGGAACUCAAUGCUUAUGCUGAACCUGUACUUUACAAUUUCUUGGCUCAAAACAAUAAUCAAAAGGCUACUCUCUUCUACAUUGGUAGUAAUGUCGCCACUUAUCCUGCCGCUGCCAAACGUGCUCUCAAUGAUGGUCAUGUCUUGUGUGUACAUACCUGGAGUCAUCCUGCCAUGACUACUCAAACUAAUAUUCAAGUAGUUGCUGAACUUUACUGGACUUUACGUGCUAUCAAGGAAGCCACUGGUGUCACUACUAAAUGCUGGAGACCUCCCUAUGGUGAUGUGGAUGAUCGUGUUCGUGCUAUUGCUUGGCAAAUGGGUUUACGUACCGUUGUCUGGGAUCAAGAUUCUAAUGAUUGGAAUAUGCCAGGUGAUGGUGGCGGUAACCUUCCCUGGGAUACUGUGAAUGGUUAUUUCGAAGAUUGGGUUGCUGCUCGUAAGAAUGGAAGCGAUAACCAACAUGGUCAUAUUACCUUGGAACACGAAUUGAACAAUGCUACUGUCAAGAUGACUGAAAAAUGGUUACCUACUUUACAACAAACAUUCAAUGUCAAGUCUAUUCAUGAUUGUAUGGGUAUCUCUCAACCUUAUUGGGAACAAAACUGGGUGUAUCCUGCCAAUGCCAGUGGUAACUCUUCCACCCAUACUAACUCUACCACUUCUUCUUCUACUUCUCCCUCUGCUUCCGCCAAUGGUGGUAAUGCCUCUGCUGCCGGUGCUUCAUCUGGUUCUUCUGCUGCUGAAUCAUCUACCUCUGCUGCUUCCACUUUCUCUAUCUCUUCCACUACUGUUAUUGCCAUGGUCAUCAUUGCUAGUGCCUUUAUGUCUUAG